AAAUUAAACUGCUACCAACUGCCAGUACGCUUCCAGCAGAUUGACUGAACGAUUUAGCUUGCUGUUCACGGGGUGCCUCAGAUAGGGAUGUUUUAAAGAAGAGAGCGUACAAAGUCUUUGACUGUUUAAUGAGCGGCCAUGUUGACAGAUGGGCGGUCCUCCGUUGGAUGUUGAGGGCGAAGAUUGGACGCUGGAGAUCGGUCUCAUAGAAACUUUUGGAAACAUUGAUGGGAUAUUGGUGAAGGGUCUGCCUUGCUUCAAAUGAGCCGAUCUUCUCCGUGUAUGGCUUGACCUACGAUCUCACGUAAAUGGUACGAGUCUUACACAUUUGAUUGCAAAAAAGUCCGUGUCUCGAGUGGCGGUUGACUUCUGGUCUUCAUCUAGUGUCGUCUGCUUCUUCCAUCGUCUGCCCGAUUAUGACGGGAGGCAGGUGAGGAUCGUCAAGGUUGUGUUUUGUUUAUAAUACAAGUUGGUUUACUGUUUACAAACUUUCCAAGCUGAAAGUAGACUGACCGGGAGGCGAUAAGAGAUUAAUUAAACACAUAUCUUGUUAGUCACCGGAGCUCGGAGCAUAAAGAGGAGAAUCCAUCGUGGCAUCGUUCCUGGAGGUUGCAGUGUGAUGUAAUACCGUGAGUGUGCUCCAACAGGCCCUGCCGGGGACACUGUUUUCACACGUUUACCAGUGUAAAUGCGUUAAUUGGAUAUCAGACCCCGAAGCGUGUACACGUCUCAGAUAGACAGCUGAACGGUCAGUGUUGGAACUUCCGGCAAACGUCCGAGCAGGGGAGCAGACGAUAAUUCACGUGUAUCUUCUCAUUUCUGCCUCACUGACACUCCUACACCGUCGUAAAUUGUUGGGAAUUUGCCGGGGACUGAAGUAAGGAAUCUCUCCCACACAGCCCAGAUCCGACUGGAGCGAGCGGAAGGCUAUCGCUUUAAAAGAUAAGUGGAUAUUUCAAGAUGGCUUCUAGCGGCGUUGACCCUGAUGUUAAAGAAAAAGCCAACGAGGAAGCCACAAAAGUCGAGCCAGAACGUCCUCCUGAGGCUACGGAUGAGCAGGUUCCAGCAUCUGCAGACAAUCCUGCAAUACAGGUGACAGAGGCUCCCCAAACAUUGGAGGAGGUUAAUGAAGCGAAUCCAACGCCGGUCGAUCCACAACCGGAACAACCCACACCCGAGGACACCCAGCCUGAGGAAGUUACUACACCCGAGGAAGAAACUCCUCCAGCUGAAACCCCGAAAAAGCUCACACGCCUCCAGAAAAUCCAGAAGCGCUUCCCGGGACUGCCAUUUAUCGGCGCAAUGCGGUCUGGGACAUACAUCGUGAACGAACCCCGUGACGGCGCUGACAACGGAGUAGUCACCACGAGCAAGACGCCGGACAACGACGACCAGGUGUGUUUGACAAAGAUGGAGGCGGAUGCUGAAGAAGGUGUUGUUGCCUCACCCGAGGUCGCUGCUCUGCAGAAGCGGAAAUCUUCCAAGAAGAAUACUGUUUACAGGUCAGCGAUGACGAAGCUGCUGUGUGGACUUUACUGUCUGUUGCUGGUUGUGUUCGGCAUCGUGUUUGCCGUCGCCAACGCCCUCACUGUCAAGGAGAGGGAACACAAAUACUACCUGGAGGCGUUCCUCGUCUACCUGUAUGCUGGCUCCCUCAUCGUCCUCCUGUACCUCCAAAUCGGCAUCCUCCGGGGCGUCAAGGUACGCCAGAACUUCUUCGACCACAACAUCAAGGUGGUGAUCCGUCGCAGCACCGAGAACAUUCAUCAGUCGCCGUCUCCGACCCGCAGGUCCAACGAUGACGACAGCAUCCUGGACAAGGAGACCCGCAAAGACGCCCUGGAUCAAAUAUCUACCGCGAGCAACGCCUCCAUGCGCAGUCAGCUCGCACUUCCGGCGGAUGGGGAAGUUGCGCAUGUCGGAGAGGGAAUCAACUUCUACCUCCGACUCGGGGCUCUAGCGUUCAGCAUUGGGAGCGUCACCCUUGACGGCUUCCACAUCUCCUCCUACUUCGAGACCGAGAACACGGAGACGUGCGAGAGUAAGAUCUUCACGCUUGUGUACGUCCUUCACCUCAUCUUCACCUUCGUCCAGACAUUCUUCCUCUUCAAGAAUCACAAGCUAGUGAUUGACAAGUGUAAACCUGCGGUGAGGUUUGGGCUGAUGCAUCUCCUAGCAACCAACAUCUGUGUAUGGGCUGUCACAGCAGUCACGGAAACGGCCGAGGAUUCCCGACAGCAAGACUAUUUUGCAAGAGUCCGACAAAACCACAGCUCAAUCUAUCUGACGCGGAGCUGCUACGAGGAGGAGACGGUGGCCAGGACAGCAUCCCCCUACCUCUUCCCCUGCACCAUCAUGUACAGCAUCAUCGCCGCCGGCAUCAUCUACCGCAUGUACCAGCACGUGGGGGUGAAGGUGAAGCAGCGAUGGCCAAGUCACACCUCCCUGACCAGCUCGGCUCCUCACGGCGCCGCCAGCAUGGACUGUGAGAAAGCCAACAAGGGCCUCUUCUCCGGACUCCUCAUCGCCGUCGUCACUCUCAUCGCCAUCGCGACAUUCUUUGUGUUUGAGGCUCGACUGAAGGUGCCUGAAACAGCCAUCAAUGUGUUCUUUGUGAUGGAACUUGCUCUGCUCAGCAUCACCGGGGUCUGCAUCGUCAUCGGCCACAUCCGGCUUACCCAGCUCAAGUUCAUGGAAAACUACUUCCUGUCCUUGGAUUCGGUCCUCCUAGCCGUGGCGGUAGGGGGCGCUUACGUCUACUUGAGCUUCAUGCUCAUCUCCGCGGCGUCCACCGUCAGCGCCCAGGGUCUCUCCAGCAUCCUCUCCCUCGUCGUCAUCACCCUGGGGCUGAUACAGAGCACCAUGCAGACCGUCUUCAUCCUCGACGGCCUGUGCAGGUGCUCCGAGAACGACAGCCAGAUCGACAGGAAGCCAGGUCGCGCCAUUGUGACCUUCACCUUGGUCUGCAACUUGGCGUUGUGGGUUGUAGGUAUGUUCGAGAACAAGAAGACGACGGUAAUCCCCUUCCAUCAAGACUUCUACGGCAUCCUCAGUUGGAACAUCAUACUUCAUCUUUGUGUGCCGCUCUACAUCUUCUUCCGGUUCCACUCGGCUAUCUGUCUCUCCAAGAUCUGGUACCAGGCCUACCAGAAGGAGAAGAUGCCAUGAGUUGUCACGUGACACGGGGAUCACAUGUCUGUCAUGUGACGUGUGUGAUGACUAAAGUGACGACGCUUUUUUGACGAUUGUCACGUGACUGGAUCUUUGAAUCUUUGAACGUUGUAAUAUCCAAGCCAAAGACAAUGACGUAUUCUUUUAAGGCAGCUCGCUCACAGAGAAGGGAACGACCAGUUUGCGACUGGGUUCCGUCUUGGCUAGGAUCACGGCAGGAAUGUACUAUUGUUAGUACUUGGUUUGGACUUAACGUGAGACUGUGUGAGCAACGUGUGACAUAUAACACUACACUGGUUUAUUCUACAAUGUGUUCUCGUAAUACUUGGUGAGUGUUGGGGGAAAAUGGUACUGUGAAAGUAAAGUGUGUCUUGUACUCUUGGCUCUGACUGUGGCAUCAAAGUCAGAGAUUAAAGAUAAGAGAGUUCACCCAGCACUUGCUGACGUCGAUACUAGGAGAACACUGGUCGAGGAGGUAACGUGGACGUGGUAACCAGGCGUGUGGGCCUCUGUUCUGACAGGAACGACGGCAACUGCAAAUGUUCACGUCAAAUAAGACAGCGUCAUGGACCUCGACAGAGACGUCGUCAACAAGAGUGCUCUGUGUCGGUGUUUCAGGUGUGAUGACCGAGAUUAAUGCUCCAGUAUGAAAGUGCCUCAAUUGACAUAUGACGUUUGGUUGUCAUGGUAACAACAAACAUUAGAACAAUCGUGACCAUCAUCAACGAACGCUGGCGUGUAAAGUACAUCAGCUCAUCGCAUCUGAUCAACUGACUUCAACUCAGCCGCUCCUUCUGCUCUCACCCGUCAAGUAUUUUAAUGCAUUUAUAUGAAACUACUGAUUUAUAUUAAACUAAUUUUGUAUUUUUAUAAUCUCGUAGCUAGGUUACAUAUUGUAUUGAUAUUGUACUAAUUAUUGUUUACCGUCCGCCAAGCAGAUGAUGCUCAUAAUGAUGCGAGUAUCUAGUCAUGUUGAUAAGUGCUACAGUCGUAUCUGAUCGCCAAACCAAUACAGGUUGCACAUGCGUGCGCCGUGCAAUACAGAAACACGAGCAUGAUGUAUGCUAUAAAGUAGAAGCAUAAACUGCUGUGAUGAUAUAUAACCUUAUGGAGUACAGUUCAAUAUUUGUAAUUAUUAUUUAUAUAUUAAAUUAAGACACGUGAUUAUUUAGAAUAUUGAGUGCGCUUAUUAAUCGUCAGUGUUAGACUAGAAACGCCACAGAGAAACCCUUGCUCAAACCUUCAGCUUUGUCCGCCUCCUUCUCGGUGCUACAUCAAGGAAACAUAAUCGCAUCGCAUCUUUUGUAUACCAGGGUUGGUGGGGUGUCUGCAGUGUGUAACGGUAAACGUGUUUGGUUCCUCAGUAUUAAUGGCAGUUAAAUGGCAUUUGUGACUUAAAGCUUUUCAUUUAGAUAUUUACAAUACGGGUGAAGAGGAACCACAGUUGUGAAACAGAUUUCAAAAUGGCGCAGAUCUCAUUCUCUGUACAUAGACAAUCACUCAUACUCGGGAAACUUCGUCCAUUUCCGUACACAUCUAUAUCUCUGAUUAAUGUUAUGACAAAUAUGGCUUAUAUUUAGAACAUUGUUUUGGGCAAUAUAAGAAUGUAUUUAUAAUGAUAUAAAUCACCGAACAUUGUUAAAAUUCAGAGUCGAAAUUACGAUAACCAAAACGAGACUUACCUUCUUGCUCCGAGAUAUGAUGAUCGCACGGUGGUGUGACGGAUGUCAUUGCAUGUUCAUUGCUGUAAGUGCCUUCUAGCGAGUCUAACUCCCGGCUUGCCGAGACGGCGGUGAACGUCACGAUACGUCAAGUCACGUCACGUCAUAUACGUCCUAAGCGUCACAUCAAGAUCAUUGUGCGUUCCAUGCUGAAUUAAAGCAACAUUUUUUCCAUUGUGAAAGAUCAUUAGCUUGAUUCCACGCCGAUGACGUUACUGACGUUGAUGACGCUGGUGACGUUGCCGCAGCUCAGCAAGGCGGGUUAAGCGAUUAGCUGUACAGGCGGGAAGACAGUUUUAGGCUAGCCAAAUAAAAUACUAAAACACACAA